AUGCUCAAGACAGCAACGGAAAUUGAACAUAACAAAUCCAUAUUAUACCAGCAACGACAUCAUUAUGCCAAUAGCAGUAAUGUGGAUGACGAGGAAAUUCUAGAGGAUCUUUUACUCUAUGGCGAAGACGAAGAUGCUGGAGUGGAUGGAGAUCAUAGUAGCUGUAAUCAUAGUUUGAGUAGUAGCAGCCAUUACAGUCAAAAGUACCAACAUUAUCUCCAGCACAACCAUUACAUGUCCCCCGCGACAGCAGCAGCGUCUAGAAAGAGCAUCAACAGCAACAGAGAAAGAGAUGUACUAGCGUACGACACACGAAAUGAUACCUUACUGCUAGCGCAAUUCCUUGCUACCACUGGGCCAGAGGAAUACCAUCAUUACCGACAUUCGGAUAACGUCACUUACCAACAACAACUACCCGCACCCUCCGUUCCCAAAAAGCAACAACAACAACAACAACAACAACAGAAACAACCCUCGUCGUCGUCAAAGCGUACAUCCAAGAUUUUGAGUCGAUUCCGUAAUAAACGUAAAACGGUUGAUCAUAUCAAUCAAGAAGCCUUAACGCCACCUGUGCCUUCCCCUAUUGUACAAUCACGCCAUUUACCUACUAGAACAAAUCAUCUAGGAGGAUCCAACACCACGGGUUCAACAACAAAGAAAAAUUAUAUACCCUUACCCGUGUAUGAGCCACCGGUGCCACCCAUGCCACCCCUCUCUUCACCCUCGCCACCAGCAGCGUCAGCUCCACAACAGCAGCAGCAGCAACAGCAACAGCAACAGCAACAGCAACAACAUCAUCCCCCAUCCAACCAUCCUAAAAUCUCUUCCGACAGACAGCAAAAGAAGUAUUAUCAACAUUCUCAACGAAAACAACAACCACAACAACAGCAACCGUCCAUGUCGGGUACUGCUGCUGCAUCUUCCCUUUUACGUGAUUCUGGCAUUUAUAGUGAGACGCAUUCCGAAAAAGACGCUUCCGUUAUAACGUCUUAUACGAUGCAUACCGGUACUACAUCCUCCUCUGCCACAUCGCCAUCGACCCCACCUUCUAGCACUACUACUACUACUACUACUACUACUACAACAACCACAUUAGAUAGCACGCUAUCGCCAUCGCCGCCAAAUCAUUAUCAACCCUGUUUGUCCAGUAUGUUGUUGCUGAAUGAAUUUCCACAACCGCCACCCUCUCCUCCUAAACGUCAACAUCCUGUUGUCUUACGUACUGUCCCUGAAGCAGCGAAAAGAAGAUCUGUCCGCCUUCGUCAUGUUCAGGUACAAACAGAAGCCGGGGAUGCCUACAAAGACGACGACGACGAAGAAGAAGAAGAAGAAGAAGAGACAGCUACAUAUCAACACAAGCUGUUCAAUCAUCAAUCACACAUAAGUUGUCCUCAUUGUCGACAGCAGAUUACACCUUCCAUGGUCCAUACGGCUCCAUCUACGGAUAUGGACGUUGUUGACAGCCAUAGCACGCUUAACCUAAAUCGGUCUCCUUCUUGCCCACCGGGUCUAUCUUCUGGCCCCCUUCUCGUUUUACUUGAAGAAAAGAAGGAAGAGGAAGAGGAGGAGGAGAAGGAGGAGGAAGAAGAGGAAGACCAAGAGGACGUGUAUGAGGCAGUACCACCACAAGGACAACAAGUGAGUCCCUCCAAUAGCUUACAUAGCCAUACGACCCACACGAGCCGUUUGAGUCGACAUGAAGAGCAACAAAAGGUCUUGCUGGAUAUGAUUAUGAAGUUAAAGUCGCAAUUAGAAGAAGAGAAACAAUGUCGACUUGAACUAGAAAAGAAGUUUAUUCGACGCGUAUCAUUUAUUGCUGAUUACGAUAGAAUGGAUGAUGAUGAUGAUGAUGAUCAAGACAGUAAGAAGAGUAAUAAUAGUUUCAUCAGUGCUCAAGACCAUGAUGCUGAUGAAGAAGAAGAAGAAGUGAUGGUCGGGUGUCAAGAAGACGUUACGCCUCGAUACACACCAGGAGCAAUGAAGAGAGAAGAUUCAUUCUGGCUUCAUAACCGUGUUACAUUCUUACUACCUGAAUAA